CCCACCCAGCGGUGAUCGGUGGUUCGGUGUGUGAUUGUUCUCCCUGGCCGGUUCCUUUGCUCUGUCAGCGGCGUGCUGUCCUGUUGCUAAGAUGGCGAUGGCGUUGCCAGCGGAGGCCCAGCUGGACGGGCUGCUGGAGCUGGACCCUUACCUGGAGCCGUACAGCAAGGACCUGCGGCGGAGGUACAAUAAAUUUGUAACUUUGGCAAGAAGUAUUGAAGAGAAUGAAGGAAGCCUAGAGCAGUUUUCCCGCAGCUAUGAAACCUUUGGUGUCAACCGAUUGGCUGAUGGUGGAAUUUACUGCAAGGAGUGGGCUCCUGGAGCAAAUUCUGUGUCUCUUGUUGGAGAAUUCAAUGGCUGGAACUCUUCUUCACAUUGUUACAAGAUGUUGCCAUUUGGGAAAUGGGAGCUGUACAUCCCACCCAGAGCUGAUGGGUCAUCGCCGAUAGCCCAUGGAUCAAAGCUUAAGGUGGUGAUGGUGUGUAAAACUGGCCAGCAGCUAUAUCGCAUUUCUCCCUGGGCACGCUAUGUGAUACGUGAGCAGAAUUCCUCUACUUACGAUUGGGUGCAUUGGGAUCCACCCCAACGAUAUGAGCGCAAGUAUCCUCAUCCUCCGAGACCAAACAGUGUACGAAUCUAUGAAGCACAUGUUGGAAUUGCAUCGCCUGAGGGGAAAAUUGCCUCUUAUAAGAACUUCACACACAAUAUGCUGGGCAGAAUUAAGAAGCUAGGUUAUAACUGUAUCCAGCUGAUGGCUGUAAUGGAACAUGCCUACUAUGCCAGUUUUGGUUAUCAAGUUACCAGCUUCUUUGCUGCUUCAAGUCGCUUUGGAACUCCUGAUGAGCUGAAGGAACUGGUUGACACAGCUCACUCAAUGGGACUGUUUGUGCUACUGGAUGUUGUCCACAGCCAUGCAUCGAAAAACACACAGGAUGGUCUCAACUUGUUUGACGGGACUGAUGACUGCUUCUUCCACUCUGGAGCCCGUGGCACGCACUUGCUGUGGGACAGCCGACUUUUUAACUAUUCAAACUGGGAAGUCCUGAGAUUCCUGCUAUCUAAUCUGCGCUGGUGGGUGGAAGAGUAUUAUUUUGAUGGCUUUCGAUUUGAUGGAGUGACGUCCAUGUUAUAUCAUCACCAUGGCAUAAGUACGACUUUUUCUGGAAAUUACAGUGAAUAUUUUGGGCUUCAAGUUGAUGAGGACUCUUUAGUCUAUCUCAUGCUGUCAAACUAUAUGCUUCAUAGCUUCUAUCCAGACUUCAUCACUGUAGCAGAGGAUGUGUCAGGAAUGCCCACAUUGUGUCGGCCUAUGAUUGAAGGAGGUGGUGGUUUUGAUUAUCGUUUGGCAAUGGCUAUUCCUGACAAGUGGAUCCAGAUAUUGAAAGAGUUGAAAGAUGAAGACUGGAACAUGGGUAAUAUUAUCUACACAUUAACAAACCGGCGAUAUGGAGAGAAGUGUAUUGCCUAUGCCGAGAGCCAUGACCAGGCCCUUGUUGGAGACAAGACAUUAGCAUUCUGGUUGAUGGACGCUGAGAUGUACACCAACAUGAGUGUUCUGACUCCCUUCACAGUGGUCGUAGACCGUGGCAUACAGUUACACAAAAUGAUCCGACUCAUCACACAUGCUUUGGGAGGAGAGGGAUACUUGAAUUUCAUUGGCAAUGAAUUUGGGCACCCUGAAUGGCUGGACUUCCCUAGAAUAGGAAACAAUGAAAGUUACCAUUAUGCCAGACGUCAGUUUGAUCUUCUGGAUAAUCACCUCCUUCGUUACCAGCAGCUGAAUGCUUUCGAUGCAGACAUGAAUAAUUUGGAAAAGAAAUAUGGUUGGCUUGCAGCACCACCAGCCUACGUGAGUGAGAAACAUGAGGGAAACAAGGUGAUUGCCUUUGAGCGUGCAAAUCUUCUUUUUAUCUUCAACUUCAACCCUGAAAAGAGUUUCCCCGACUACAGAGUGGGAAUAGAUCGACCUGGGAAAUAUAAAAUAGUGCUGGACACUGACUCCACAGAUUAUGGUGGUCAUGGUCGAUUAAACCACAACACAGAGUUCUUCACAGAUGCCCAAAUUCAAAAUGAUCGUCCCAACUCUGUGCUGUUCCGAAGUGAUGAUAGUGACUUUUCCCUGAGGAGAGGCCAUGCUGCUGAGCUCGUGGGUUACGGAACUUUGCACUGUUGUGAAAAUUCUUUAAAGGUGUAUAUUCCCAGCAGGACUGCCAUCAUUCUCGCUAACAUGGACAUUCACAACUGAAGGCAGGAGAACUCGACAGGCUCUCCAGAAUGUUGGUGCCAAAAAGGACGAAUCAGAAGAGCUGUUUCACAACUUACCCCCCCACCCCACCCCAAAACCACCAGCAAUAUCAAAGCCCUAGUCAUCUACAACUGGUGAAUGUCUGUAAUUUCCAUUUGUUUGUUUUAUUGUAAAUUAUGAGUACAAGUGUCAUCUCAUCUCGGCAGUUGAGCUGGAUGUAUAGCUGUCUUUCUCUCUCACUUACUUUGCCUGUGUGUCAACUCUACCCGAUAUUAGUUUACAGAGGUUGGUGGGAUUGCUGUUUAGCUCUCAAGGUAAAUAUUAAAACAGCCCAGCGGUUCUCUUUGAACUAGCUGGAAAGGAGGAGAGAAACUCACUGACACCAGCAUAGGAAUCAUAAACUCCUGUACUGACUUAAGGAAAGAGUGCACCCAAGUGACAGGGUGUUAGAAGGAUCUUGAGGAUUACUUUCGCACUUCUUGCAUUAUUGAAAAAUUUAUGUCAUUCAUUAAGUCAAACAAGAAUUAUGUAGAGCAAUUCUUGGCCAUCUGCUCCCUGCAAGCUCCUGAAAGGUUUUUCAACAAGCCUCUGUCUGGAAUGAAGGUACUAGAGAUCUGAGCUGAUUGUUUCAGAUUUCGGAUCCUUCACCCCAGUCCCACGGGAUUUGCCCCUUUUUCCUUCUGAUUGGUGUGAAGGUGUUGGAAACAUGUCACUGUGUAGUGUACCUCACAAUCCCCACACCUGCCCCCACAUGCAUAUACACACUGUCUGAGUCAACCUUUGGAGGUAGAAUUAUACCAAUGGACCAGACUGAUGAGGGAGAAAUUCUCUCUUCAUAAAGUAUUUUGCCUUUUUAAUUCAUAGAAUCUAUUUGAAUAAUGGAGUGUUACAUUGUACAGAAGUAGAGGACAAAAUUCAAAUUAAAAGUAACUGAAUAAACUUUAUCAUUGUACAAGUUUGAAAGUAGAACAUGGAAUAAAUAAAAUAUGAGACAUUGCAA